AUUUGCUGCAUGGCCUUUUGGAAAUAAUAGGCUUCUUCUAUCAUGUAUGCCCUUUUCUUGACCAUCGAUAGUUAUUGUGACAAAUGUAUGAAAUAUAAUAUAUAUAUAUAUAUACACACACACACACACAGAGCAAGUGCAACUUGAUAGACAAAAGUCCAACCAUAUUUAAUUGAUCUUCCCCUCUUCACCUCCCCCAUCUCUCUCUUCCAUUGAAGAAGAAAAUGGAAAAAAUUAUGGACAUGAGAGAAGAAGAAGAAAUGAAAUCCCUAGGCCUCUUUGGCAUCUGUACAGAAGCCUACAAGAUCAUCCUCUCAGGGAGGAAGAUCUUCACCCAAAUCACCCUAGCUUUGAUCCUCCCACUCUCCGUCAUCUUCCUAGCUCACGUCCAAGUCUCCGAAUUACUCAUGUCUAGGAUCAUAAAAGAUUACCAAGCUGUGAUAGAACAACCACAAGCCGGCACACGGGGGUACGAAAAGCUGUACACUCACCUGAUAUCCGAAUGGACAACCUUUUGGCUCUUCAAACUUUCAUACACCAUCUUCUUCCUCAUCUUCUCUCUCCUCUCCACUUUGGCCGUGGUUUACACCAUUGCAUGCGUUUACACCGCUCGCAAAGUGACCUUCAAGAUGGUCAUGAGUGUUGUCCCAAAGCAACAUUCCUAAUCCUGUGGGCGAUCAGAAUUGGUAGAAGUAACACCCAAUUGGUGGUUAUCUGCAUCAUAUUGAUCAUGUAUGUUUUAGGGCUUCUGUAUAUGACCAUCGUUUGGCAAUUGGCUAGCGCGGUGUCCGUGUUAGAAGACUCCUAUGGGUUUAAAGCCAUGGUCAAGAGCAAGAACCUCAUAAAAGGUAAGAUUUGGGUGGCCAUGGUUAUCUUUUUUAUGUUAAAUUUCUCAUCCUUAGGUAUAUAUACAAUUUUUGAAAAGUUUGUUGUGCAUGGAGAGUCACUAAGUAUGUUGUAUAAGGUUGGAUUUGGGGGGUUGUGUUUGUCAUUGUAUACCGUGUUGUUUCUUUUCGGGUUGAUCAACCAAACUAUUAUCUACUUUGUUUGCAAGUCAUACAACCAUGAAAAUAUCGAUAAGUUAAUCCUUUUGGAUCACUUAGAGAUUUAUCUUGGAGAGUAUGUUCCCUUGAAGGAGGCCGAUUCUCAACCAAGACAAUUCCUUGUUUGAUCGGCUUAUAUGUAUUUUGCAAAAAAAAGUUAGUAAUAUAUUAUUGCUUUUUUGAUCUUUAUAUGAUCAGGGUUGUAUGUAUAAAUUACAUUUUCAAAUAUUUAGAUUUGGCCUUUUUCAUUUUUGUGGUUCUCCUUUCAAUUGCUACUAUAUAUACGGUGUUUGUAUUGGAAAAGCAAAUGAAAGAGACAACACACAGAACACGUGAUGUGAAAGUUGAAACCAAUAAAAUAAAGCCCAUUCUAACAGAAAUAGUGAAGCCAAUUGUCCGAAUGAAUUAGGCAAUUGGAUUUUGAUAUGGGUUAAAGCUCAUUGUUGUGUAGGUUUUGCUUGACCACAGUAGGUUCUUACCUUUAGCCAGCUUUG